CUUAGAAUGAUUGAAGAUAGUGGGAAAAGAGGAAAUACAAUGGCGGAAAGAAGACAGCUAUUUGCAGAGAUGAGGGCACAAGACCUGGACCGGAUCCGCCUCUCCACCUACAGAACAGCCUGCAAGCUGAGGUUUGUCCAGAAGAAAUGCAACCUGCACCUGGUGGACAUCUGGAACGUCAUAGAAGCAUUGCGGGAAAAUGCUCUCAACAACCUGGACCCAAAUAUGGAACUCAGUGUGGCCCGAUUGGAGGCUGUGCUCUCAACCAUUUUUUACCAGCUCAACAAACGGAUGCCAACCACUCACCAGAUCCAGGUGGAGCAGUCUGUCAGCCUCCUGCUUAACUUCCUGCUGGCCGCCCUGGACCCGGAAGGCCAUGGUAAAAUUUCAAUAUUUGCUGUCAAAAUGGCGUUAGCCACAUUGUGUGGAGGGAAGAUCAUGGACAAAUUAAGAUAUAUUUUCUCGAUGAUUUCUGACUCCAGUGGGGUGAUGGUUUAUGGACGCUAUGACCAGUUCCUACAGGAAGUUCUCAAACUGCCCACAGCAGUUUUUGAAGGCCCUUCAUUUGGUUACACGGAACAGGCGGCUAGAUCCUGCUUCUCUCAGCAGAAAAAGGUCACCUUAAAUGGCUUCUUGGACACACUCAUGUCAGACCCCCCCCCGCAGUGUCUGGUCUGGCUGCCCCUCCUGCACCGGCUGGCAAAUGUAGAAAAUGUCUUCCAUCCCGUCGAGUGUUCCUACUGCCACAGCGAGAGCAUGAUGGGCUUCCGCUACCGAUGCCAGCAGUGCCACGACUACCAGCUCUGCCAGGACUGCUUCUGGAGGGGGCACGCCGGUGGCUCCCACAGCAACCAGCACCAGAUGAAGGAGUACACGUCGUGGAAAUCACCUGCUAAGAAGCUAACUAAUGCGCUAAGCAAGUCCCUGAGCUGUGCUUCCAGCCACGAGCCUUUGCACCCCAUGUUCCCUGACCAGCCUGAGAAGCCACUCAACUUGGCCCACAUUGUUGAUACUUGGCCACCCAGACCCGCGACCGGCGUGAGCGACGCCCUGUUCUCCCACUCCGUCCCCGCCUCGGGCAGCCCCUUCGUGGCCAGGAGCUCUCCUCCCAAGGACGCUGACGCAGAACAGAGCAAACUGCUGGCUAGGGCUGUGCCAGCUUUUCUGAAGGGCAAAGGGACACAGUACCGUCUGAACGUGGCAGACAGGCUAGCUGAUGAACACGUUCUCAUCGGGAUGUAUGUCAGCAUGCUCCGGAGCAGCCCCUCAUGCAUGCUCGAUGAAGAGCACAGGCUGAUCGCCAGGUACGCAGCAAGACUGGCAGCGGAGUCCUCCUCCUCGCAGCCAACUCAGCAGAGAAGUGUUCCAGACAUCGCCUUCACCAUUGAUGCAAAUAAGCAACAGAGGCAGCUGAUUGCAGAACUAGAAAACAAGAACAGAGAAAUCUUGCAGGAGAUCCAGAGGCUGAGGCUGGAGCAUGAGCAGGCUUCCCAGGCCACUCCAGAGAGGGCCCAGCAGAACCCCACGCUGCUGGCUGAGCUCCGGCUCCUCAGACAGCGCAAGGAUGAGCUGGAGCAGAGAAUGUCUGCUCUCCAGGAGAGCCGGAGAGAGCUAAUGGUCCAAUUAGAGGGUCUCAUGAAGCUACUAAAGACCCAGGGGGCAGGCUCUCCUCGCUCCUCCCCCAGCCACACCAUCAGCAGGCCCAUCCCCAUGCCAGUCCGGUCCUCAUCUGCCAGCUCCACCCCGUCUCACACGCCUCAGGACUCUCUCACUGGCGUAGGGGGAGAUGUCCAGGAGGCAUUUGCACAAAGUUCAAGGAGAAAUUUAAGGAAUGACUUACUAGUAGCAGCAGAUUCUAUCACUAACACCAUGUCCUCUCUUGUGAAAGAGCUGAAUUCUGGGGUGGGGAGUGAAACCGAGAGUAAUGUGGAUUCUGAAUUUGCACGGACUCAGUUUGAGGAUCUGGUUCCCUCGCCAACCUCUGAGAAGGCCUUUCUAGCACAAAUCCACGCCCAAAAGCCUGGGUACCUUCACGGCGGAGUGACCCCGGCCAGCGCACGCAGCGACGUGUCAGUAUCUUCUUGGAGGGCGACAGAAGACGGGGACACCUGUGCGCAGCCAGAGGGUGAGAGCUAUGAGCACAACUCUGCCCAGCAGCUAGAGGAUGAGCUCCAGAUGGAGGAGUACCUGAGGCGGGAGCUUCAGGACGACACCUGCCAGGUCAGCUUGCAGGGCUGAAUACAAUAUCCUUUUACCACUCUCCUCUCAAUGUUUCUAUGUAUCAGGAUAGCCUCCUUCCCUGUUGAUAUGGAAGAACAUGCCAGGCUAUGGAACAUUUCUUUAUAGUUCAGUGGACAUUUGGCAUACAACCCUGGGAGUUCACUUUAUGCUCUGUUAAUUAGGAAAAUUGGCACAAAAACUUCUGUAGCACCAGAGACACUCCAGAGAGCUUCUGUGGCUGUGAAGCCACAGCACCAACCCACAGGAGCAUCCGUCUUAGCCUUUGUCACCAGGAAGGAAAGAUGCAGGCUGCUCGGCUUCCUUAGAUGGGUCAGUCCCGGGUCCCACUGUACUCACAACCCAGAAGCUCCAAGGCAUAGGCCUUACCUGCUGGAAGCAAAACCAUGUACUUUUAAAGAAAACUGAAGAAGUGGGGCAUAGAAGAAACUUCUGCAGCCUUAUAUUUUGGAAACAGCUGUUUCAAGUCCAUUGUGAACUUAAUUUCAAGUAUCAUUUAUGAGGCAUGUGAUCCUCACCCCCAAGGAUCUGCCUACAUGCCUGGAAGCCCUCUGUGAUGUAUUCAAUGUGCAGAGAAGUCCACUUGUCCAGCAGUCACCUGAGUGUAGUGGUUUGAAACUGAAGCUCUGGACUCAAUAGACCUGCCCCAAAUAUGAUUGCUAUGAUCGCAGCAAAUCUGGACAGAUGAUUCAAACUCUACGAGUACAUUCUUUCUACAGUGUGUGUUUUAAUGCCUGCCUCACAGAGGACUUGUUCUCAGUGGGGCAUAGUUCUUAAAGAGCUUAACGCGGCAGCAGAUGCCCCAUGAUUUAUUGUGGUCGCAUGCAUACACACCUGGCACUGCGUGGUACUCCACAAGAGGCACGGUCCUUGGUGCUGCUUGGCAUCACCAUGGCACUUGGAACAAGCUUGCUCUCCCUGUUUCAUAAAAAGGCCGGGAUUCAGCUACAUGCAGUGAUUUGAUUGGCGUCAGCUGAACUGGUCCGAAAGACUAGACGGUUCCUCAGGCUCCAGCUGAGGGCCACUUAGGUGUUCCCCCAUUCAGUCCAGAGCUAAUGUGCACCUCUCAUGGUCAUCUGGCUGCACAGCCCCAGGCCCUCAUGUCUACGUUAGUCAUACAGUCCUUCCUGACCAUGGGAUCCCAUAAUUUGUAGUGCAGUUGGAGUAAACUCAACUCCGGCUGGUAAAUUAAAAAGGGAUGUCCGUCUCCUAAAUGACAUGUCAACUGGCAAAGAUGCCUUCCAGCCCAAGCCUCGUGUCCCAGGCCUCAAGGGAAGAUCAAGCCCAUAAAAGUUAUGGCAUGAUUGCUGUUACAAAAUAUAUUUUAGGAGCAGUACGGUCCUUCUGGUAUGAAAGGGAGGGUCUUACUGCCACGUUCUCUGUCCCCUCCCUGGGACUUGAGAAUGCUACCCGACUCUCUGUGACUACAGGGGAACAUUCCCAGGGGCUGUUUCUGAAAAAUUCACUCCAGUCAUAGCAAAUCCCAAAGGAGCAAGACUUUUCCUUUAAUAGCAUUUUCUCAGCUCCAGCAAUUUGAUCAUUUUUGUUCUGUAUGUUAUUUAAACAUCAGUAAUUAGUUCUUAGAAAAACACAAUUUUUAAAAAGCCUAAUAAAACGUCCUUGACAUAAACCCAGAUAAGAAGCAGCUUUUGGUUCUUGGACCUAAAACCCAGAGACAUCAGUCCUCUGAAAAUCCUUAGGCCAAUUUUUAAUCUUUUGCUGCAAAUCUGGCAGUGAAAAAUCAAAACAGUGUGGCUUCUGCCAUUUACUGACUGUGUGCCUGCCUGCCUGGCAUUUUGCAAGACUUUUAACAUGAACCGGGCUGUCCCUAGAGGGCCACUUAGGCAAAACUCAUUUAAAAUCUGAUUGAGUGCUUCAGAAAUCAGUGGUUUUUCAUCUUUGCAGCUUUGAUUUUCUUGACGCAUCCAAGAAAUAUAGCUGAAAUUUUGGAACAGUA